AUGAAUAUUGCAGAUUUGGAAGCGACCAAUAGCACAGUUGUUUCUGCUUCUAUAGUAACUCCGGAAGUUUAUAGGCUGUGUAUUGAGAUACUUCAAGUGCCACUGUUUUUCUUCGGCAUCUUUGGAAUCUUCAGCAACGGUUUCAACAUUAUGGUGUUCGCCAAGCAAGGGGUAGCCUCAGACAGCACCACCGUAUCCCUUGUCGCCCUCUCACUCUCGGAUUUGCUGGGCUGCGCCUUCAUGCUGCCCCAGCCCGUGUGCUUUUACCUCAAGAGCACCUCGGACUCGGGCGCCGCGCUGGAGCACAACUGCUUCGCCCUGACUACGAUGACCUGCACGUACACUCACAUCAUCUGCAGCAAAGUCACGUGUUUCAUCACGGCCUACAUCUCGGUCGAGCGGGCCGUCAGCGUCGUUUUCCCGCUGCAGGUCAAGCGGAUCAUACGAAUGCAGAGCACCGUGACUAUCAUCAUCGCGAUAUUCAUCGUUGCCGUAGCUCUGCACGCGCCUUACGCAGCCAGUAUUGAGAUGGUCUGGGGUUCUACAUUUGACAACAGCACAGUCGUCACGCUCAGAGUUACAGCCCUUGGCAAGUUGUUCAACGCGAUCAACAAUAUUUUAAUCGCCAUGGUUUUAACGACCGCGUCGAUGGUAACCGUUGCCAUAGCGACCGUCGUAAUGAUAUCACGCGUUCAUGUCUCGGUGAAAUGGCGUCUAGGUCACGCGAGAAACGGGAAUUCCUUUUUAGCCAACGCCAAGGCAUCGGACAAAAACGACUGCACGAAAAUGAGCGGGAAAAUGUCCUCUAAAAAUAUAGAAAUGUGCAAGACAGUUAUGGGUAUCAUGACACUUUUUCUCGUCUGCUCUGCCUGCAGCCAUAUUCCAGCCAUGGCUGUACUAUCACUACCCGGCAUGUCAAGCUAUGGCGUUAACAGAUACUUGUAUGAAAUCUUCUACACGAUGAAGUUUGACUUUGACCUCAUCAACUCUUCGGCCAAUAUGUUGUUUUAUAUAAAGAUAAGUUCCAGAUAUAGACAGACAAUGGUUCACAUGCUUGGAAAGUUCAAGUCUGAGCCUCGCACUUUGAAUAUGAAGUGA